AUGCGCGCUCGCCCUCGAUUCUUCUCCGCGCAAGCGUCCGAGGAGGACGAGGCCGCGACGGCGGAGGAGGACGCGGACGACGCGGACGGCGGCGUCGACGCCGCCGCGCCGCCCGCGGCCGGGCCCGUGAAGCUCUACGUCGGUAACCUGUCGUGGGGCGUGGACGACUCGAUGCUCACGGACGUCUUCGCGGAGUACGACGCUUCCGGGAUCGCGGUCAUAUCGGACAUGAACACCGGCCGCAGCCGCGGCUUCGGGUUCGUGGAGGUGCCGUCCCAGGAGAUCGCGGAGAAGGCCAUCGCGGAGCUCGACGGCGCGGACGUCGACGGCCGCCCCAUUCGCGUGAACAUCUCCGAAGCGCGCAGCUCGCGCCGCGAGUACGACGGCGAGCGCGGCGAGCGCGCCCCGCGCGAGCGCAACUACGACUUCGACGCGAGGAAGGUGUACUUCGGUAACCUCUCCUGGGGCAUGGACCACCUCGACCUCCAAGACCUCUGCGGCGAGUACGGCGAAGUCGCGGAUUCGCGACUAAUCACCGACCGCGAGACGGGACGCUCGCGCGGGUUCGGGUUCGUCACGAUGUCCAGCGCGGAGCAAGCGGAGAAGGUGGUGAACGGCCUCAACGGGCAGGACGUCGACGGGCGCGUGCUUCGCGUCAACAUCGCGAACGUGGACGGCCGCUAA